UUUCCAUGGCAAAGUCCGCGUUAAGCAGAGAGAAAACUUCUUCCUCAUCUCAACCAGUUCAACAAUGGACGUAUGACGUGUUUGUAAGCUACAGAGGCGAAGACACUGGGAAGAACUUCACCGAUCACCUCUAUUCUAGACUUAACGGUGCCGGAAUCACAACAUUCAGGGAUAAGAAUGAAAUGAAAAGAGGUGAAAAAAUCUCAUCCGAACUUUUGAAAGCAAUUAAUGAAUCCAAUAAUUUCAUAGUUGUUUUCUCCCAAAACUACGCGACUUCCCAAUGGUGUCUGGACGAACUUGUGGAGAUAAUGGAAUGCAGGAAGCAAUUCUCACAAUUGAUACUACCCAUAUUUUACAAAGUCAAACCAUCAGAUGUGAGGAAACAAACUGGAAGUUUUGGGGAAGCAUUUGUGAAACAUGAUGGUGAUCAAAAUGUGGACAAAAACAAGGUGUCAAGUUGGAGGGCAGCUUUGGCCGAGGCAGGGGAAUUGUCCGAAUGGGAUUUAGAUAAUACUGACGGGUAAUGUUAAUCAAUGUGCCAAAUUACUUGACUAUUAUCU